UGUAUAUAAGAAAAGCUCAACAUUCAGAGCAACACAAAAACCUCCUCGACUAUCUGCGAGACAUUCAGCUGAAGUUGUGAAAACUUGAAGUUGUGAUCACUGUAACCAUGCUGAAGCUAGUACUUGUGCUUGGAUGCCUCUUGAGCCUGGCUCUGGCUCAGCCUAUGGACAUGGAGCACAAACGACUUGCUCGGUCAAGAUCUGACUCUGACUCCGGCUCAGAUUCAAAUGAGGGUUCCAACAACAAUAAUGUUAACGCCCAGUUGACCCAGAUAAUUAUUGACCUAAUCAAACAGCUGAGUACAACUACAACUGCAGCGACAACUACAGCUGCAGCUACAACUACAACUGCAGCGACAACUACAACUGCAGCGACAACUCCAACUGCAGCUACAACUGCAAUUGUCACCACCGCUGCCCCUGCUACUACUGAAGCUCCUUAAUACAAUCUGAAGUUUAACCAGAGAUCAAUAAGUAAUAUUGAAGGACGUUAACAUCAGCUCUGUUUUGCAAUCAGUUCAAUUGAAUUGUUUUUAUUCUCUGUAGUAUCUGCUAAUAAACUUCAUCAAUGGAAAAAAUGAA